AUGGUGAACGUCGGGCUGCAGUUCCAGGCGAGCGCCGGGGACGCGGACCCGCAGAGCCGGCAGCUGCUGCUGCUCGGGCAGCUGCACCACCUGCACCGCGUGCCCUGGAGCCACGUCCGCGGGAAGCUGCUGCCCUGGGUCGCCGAGGAGCUCUGGCAGGCUGCCCUAAGCACGCUCAACCCCAGCCCCACGGACAGCUGUCCUCUCUACCGGAACUAUGCCACCGUGGCUGCCCUUCCCUACAGGGUGAGCCGGCACAAUAGCCCCUCGGCCGCGCAUUUCGUCACCCGGCUCACGCGGACCUGCCUGCCGCGAAUCCAUCCGUGCAUUCUGAUGGUCUGUGAGCGGUCGGACGCCUUCGCCUCGGCCUGUGCCCUGGCCCGCACUUUCCCACUCUCCACCCAAAGCUCAGGGGCAUCACGGCGCCUGGAGAAGAAGACCGUCCCAGUGGAGUUUUUCCUGGUGGGACAAGACAACGGGCCAGUGGAAGUGUCCACUUUGCAAUGUUUAACAAGUGCCACAGAAGGCGUGCGGCUGGCAGCCCGCAUUGUGGACACGCCCCGCAAUGAGAUGAACACAGACACCUUCCUCGAGGAGAUUAAGAAAGUUGGAAAAGAACUGGGGAUCGUCCCAACCGUUAUCCGGGACGAGGAGCUGAAGACGAGAGGAUUUGGAGGGAUCUGUGGUGUGGGCAAAGCUGCCUUCCACCCCCCAGCCCUAGCCGUCCUCAGCCACACCCCAGACGGAGCCACCCAGACCAUCGCGUGGGUGGGCAAGGGCAUCGUCUACGACACCGGGGGUCUCAGCAUGAAGGGGAAGACCACCGUGCCGGGGAUGAAGAGAGACUGCGGAGGCGCCGCGGCCUUGUGGGAGGCCUUCAGAGCCGCCGUCAAGCAGGGUUUCAAAGACACCCUCCACGCCGUGUUCUGCUUAGCUGAGAACUUGGUGGGACCCAGCACCACGAGGCCGGACGACAUCCACCUGCUGUACUCAGGAAAGACUGUGGAAAUCAACAACAUGGAUGCCGAGGGCAGGCUGGUGCUGGCAGAUGGCGUGUCCUUCGCGUGCAAGGACCUGGGCGCCGACAUCAUCCUGGACAUCGCCACGCUGAUCGGAGCUCAGGGCAUCGCCACGGGCAAGUAUCGCGCUGCAGUGCUCACCAACAGCGCCGAGUGGGAGGCGGCCUGCAUGAAGGCCGGGCAGCAGUGCGGGGACCUGGUGCACCCGCUUGUCUACUGCCCGGAGCUGCACUUCAGCGAGUUCACCUCGGCCGUGGCCGACAUUAAGAACUCAGUGGCGGACCGGGACAACGGCCCCAGCUCCUGCGCCGGCCUUUUCAUCGCCUCGCACAUCAGCUUCGACUGGCCUGGGGUCUGGGUCCACCUGGACAUUGCUGUGCCCGUGCACGCCGGUGAGCGGGCCACAGGCUUCGGUAUGGCCCUCCUGCUGGCACUCUUCGGCCAGGCCUCUGAGGACCCUCUGCUGAACCUGGUGUCCCCACUAGGCUGUGAGGUGGACGCCCAGGAGCGGGACGCGGAGAGGGACUCCAAGAAGCGCAGGCUCGUGUGACACAGCUGCCCCACCUGGCAACGCUGGGCUCUUUACCUCACUUUGCACUGAUUAAUUGUAAGCAAUUGGAAGAUUAUACCUUAAGAUGAAGAAAAAAAAAUCCAAUUAGAAAAUAUGCAAAAGAGGACUUCCCCAGUGGGGAAGACUCCACGCUCCCAAUGCAGGUGGCCCAGGUUCAAUCCCUGGUCAGGGAACUAGAUCCCGCAUGCAUGCCACAACUAAGA